AACAGCAAUUGACAUGAGCGACGAAGGUGCGUUCGUGCCCGUUCGCGAGGCGAUCGGCUCGGAGGAGGCGCUCAAUUUGAAAUCCUUCUUCGCCAACGAAUUCAACAGGGAGCCCCAGUUUUACGUGAGAGUGCCCGGAAGGGUGAACAUCAUCGGGGAGCACAUUGACUACUGCGGCUACCCCGUUCUGCCGAUGGCCAUCGAGAAGAACAUCAUACUGGCCGUGGCGACGACUGAGGACGGCAUUCUGCAGCUGAAGAAUGCCCAGAACGUGCUCUACAAGCCGUUCAAGUGCUCCAUCGACUCCUUCAAGAUCGAGCAGUCGGAGGGGAAGCGACCGGAAUGGUACAAUUACUUCCUCUGUGGCGUACGCGGCGCGCUGGAGGAGAUCUUGGCCAGCGGAGGACAGCCCAAGGGUCUCAUGGUGGCCGUGAGCGGCAGCAUUCCGCCGGCUUCCGGCCUUUCCAGCUCCAGCGCUCUCGUGAGCGCCGCCUGCCUGGCCACGAUGCACGCCAAUGGCCAGCCACUGCAGAAGCAACUCCUGGCCACCAUCUCAGCCACCAGCGAGCGCCACAUCGGCACCCAAGGCGGCGGCAUGGACCAGGCGAUAUCAUUCCUCGCGCGUCCGGGCUGCGCGCAGUUCAUCGAGUGGAAUCCCUUGACCGCCACGCCGGUGAACCUGCCGCCGCAGGCGCUCUUCCUCAUCGCCAACAGUCUCACGGAGGCCAACAAGGCCGCGACGUCGGACUUCAACCAGAGAGUGGUCGAGUGCCGCCUUGGCUGUCGCCUCCUGGCCAAGAUGUCCGGCCGCACUGACUGGCGGGAGGUUCUGCAGUUCGCUCAUCUGCAGAAGCUGCUCGGCUACUCGCUGGACGAGAUGGAGUCGCUGGCCGAGGAGUGUCUCUCGCGCGAGGUCUACUCGCGCGCCGAUCUGCUGGCGGAAUUCCAGGUGGACGCGACGGAGUUCGAGGAGUGUCUGCUCACGCCAAACACCCGCUCAUCGCAGCUCUUCCGGCUGCGCCAGAGGGCUCUGCACGUCUUUCAGGAGGCCAACAGGGUGAUGAAGUUCCGCCAGGCCGCGCAGCUGGGCGACAUCGACAGCCUAGGAGAGCUCAUGAGGGCGUCCCACGAGAGCCUGCGCGUGCAGUACGAGUGCUCGCACCAGAACCUGAACGAUCUCGUGGCGGCGACAGCGCGCGCGGGCGCCAGCGGGCGGCUCACGGGCGCCGGCUGGGGCGGAUGCAUUGUGGCGCUGUGCCACUCGAUCGACCAGUGCGACGGCGCGAUGCAGGAGCUGCGAAAGUACUUCGCCCAGCGCGCGGAGGCGGAAGGACGCCGCUUUGAGGAUCUAGUCUUCAUCACGAAUCCCCAGCGCGGAGCUGAGGUGUUCCUCAACUAGCCAGUCUACACUUAUCUGUACGUUUAUCAUGCAUUUACCCACUGAUAUAAAUAUUCCCAGAGGCAAUUGUGGGGACUUUUCCGUUCGUGGAUUC